AAAUUUUGAUUUAAUACUUCCAAUUUAAAAGAAAGAUAAACUACAAAAAAAAGACUGAACCAGAAUCACAUUUGAAGAUCGUUAAACAAAGUUUGAAUUUAAUCCUGUUAAGGGUACAUAUGAUCUAAUUCAUUCUAGAAAACAAAUGGCGAAAAGAGAUCCAAGCAUAAAACGAAGUAGAACAAGAUCAGGAUGUCUUACGUGUCGUGACAGACACAUGAAAUGUGACGAACAGCAGCCAAUUUGUAGGAAUUGUAUCAAAUCCAAAAGGAAAUGUUAUCGAGGAAUACGGUUGAACUUUACCCAAUAUACCAUGUAUAAUCCACUGGAUCAAACACCAAUAAAUGACUUCAUUCCACAACCAUCAUCAUAUCGAUUAUUAGACCAAUCAAUUACAAUUGCAUCAUUAUAUAAAAAUGGGAAAGAAUCAUAUAGACCUUAUAUUCAUUUACAUAGUAAUCAAGAUUUAACAGAAUCAGAUUUACAAUAUCAACAAGAUUUAUAUGCUACCAUUACUCCGGCAACUGUAUCGUCAACCUCAACUUCAUUAUCUACAUCCCUAAAGACAGGCUCAAGUACAACCAUAACAGGGUCAUCCAUAUCAACUAUAAAUGAAGUACAAAUGCCUUCACAACUAGAUACAAACACCGUAAUAGAGAAUUACAAUAUCACAAAUCUAUUACUUACAGACAGUUAUUUUAUAAAUCAAAGUUUCAAUACACCGUCAACAUCAUCAACAAAUCUACCGCUAAUGGCAUCGAGCAAUACACCCAAAUUUCAAUUUUUACCAAAUAAUUUACAUACUAUUUCGAGUCAAUGGAAUCAUCCUAAUAAUCUCACUGCAUCCGGAGACACUUCACCAACAUCCACUAUCGAUUAUCCCCAAAGUAAUUUUGAUAUUCAAUUAUUCAUAAGUAUUAUAGAACGAGAAAAAUAUUAUUGGUUUUUAGAUCAAUUUAAUGAACAAAAUAUAUGGAAAUCAAUGAUUCCAAUGCAUUGCUUACAACAACAAUAUCAAUUACCAUUAUUAAUUAAUUCUUUAAUCAAUUGUUCUAAUCAAUUUAAUCUUGAUAUAUUGUCCAACCUUCUUGAUCAACAGUUGGGUUAUUGGUAUAAUAUUAGAUCUAAUUCAGUCAUCAACUCCUUAGAAAUUAAUAAAUUUGAGAAUUUAUUAAUUAGCAUUGUAUUAAUUUUAUUGAGUAUUUAUUUAAAAUAUCAAUCAAAUCCUACUACCAUUAAUUACAUUUCAUUGAUUAUUGAUAAUCAAUGUAAAUUAUAUAAUAAAGUCAUAUUUAAAAUCAAUUCAUAUUUGAAUUCAAGUAAAAGAGAACAAAAAUCAUUAUUAUUAAUAAGUUCAAUUCAUUCAAUCUUAAUAUUAAAAUAUUUCAUCAUCAAAAAGUUUCAAUUCGAAAUCAUUCAAGAUUAUAAUUAUAGUAAAGUCCUAACAUCAGCUGUUUCUAAUCAUCAACAACAGCAACAACAACUUAAUCCUGAUCAAGUAUCAUCAUCGAAUAUAGAUAUUUUCCCUCCCAUUGAUAUAAUGGAAGACAUCACGUAUUUGACAACUUCAAGUCAACAACUUCCAUCUAUUGGAAAUGUAUCAUUAAAUAAUUUAUUUCAACUUAGUCAAUUUGAAAUUAUAAAUUUAAAUCAGUCAUUUAAAAAAUUAGAUUAUAUACAAUUAAAUUAUCGAUAUCAAUCAUCUACAUCGUUAUCAUCAUCAUCCACAUCAUUAUCAGGAAUUGCCCAAUCAUCUUCCACAUCAUCCACUAAUUCAUCAUCAUCUUUCACCAAGAGUGACUCUUCAAAAUUACGAGAUUACAUGUGGUAUCUAAUAAAAUUGAAUUAUAUUAUUCUUAAUCCUCAUAUAAAAUCGAUAGAAAUUGAUUAUAAUUUCAUUUUUAAUUUAAAUCAAAAUAAUAUUAUGUUACCAUCUUCAUCUGCCACGUCGCUACCCAAUAUGGUAUUUCCAAACGAUCGAGGGGUGAUGAUUAAUUUUUUACAAGAGUUCAUUAAUAAACUUAUAAAUGUCGAGAAUAAGUUUGUCAUUCAACAAUCUAAUCAAAAAAUCCUUUCAAUCUUUAAGUUAUUAGACCAAUCUUUUAAACUUGAAGAUGAAAAAUCGCGAUGGAAGUAUAACUUUGAAUGGGUAUUAAAUUUCAUAACUGAUAAUGAUUGAAGUGCACCCACUCACCUCACCUCACCCUAAAUUUUUAAUUUAUUUAUGACUUCACCCAUGAAAACA